AACUUUACAGUCUUUGCUUCCUGUUGUAAUCUGAUAAUUCUAAAGAAAACAAGUUCCUAGACUUCUGGGAAGACGUGUUACAUUCGGACGGCAGCGGAUGGCUUAUAACCAGCGGAUGGCUAGUUAUGCGCUAAUUGCGUUUAUCAGUCUUAUGGCUAUGCGACGUUUGUUGUAAAAAGAUCAACGGCUACAUUUUCUGACAUUGACAUUUACCGUAAUACCAUCGUUGUCAAACAAACGUCGCUCGUUUGAAAACUUUUACUCAUUUUGUUUACUCAAUGUCGUUAUAUUAAUGGAUGGACCCGAAAGCGAAAGGGACCGCCGGAUUUCCUCGAAGAGCGCAAAUAUUUCAUGGUGGGGCUUGCCCUUUUCAAAGAAAACCUAUUAUUAUGUUGUAACUAUAUUUACAUUGUUGCAGACACCGUGAAUAUAAUUAGCGCGCUUUGUUAUUCAUUAUUUGCAUUUUAGACAUUCGACUUCCUAAAUAUGGUUGAACGUUGUUAUUUUGUUAUGAAGUGUUGUCGGAAGGACCUCACACACAACUGUAAGAACAUCAAACAAAUCGCGACUCGAAAAGAAAAGUUGUUAAUACAAGGAUAACCAACGCAUUACAAUGAUGUUGAAUCGUGGUAUUAAAACUCUCGUAUUUAUCAUUGUAUUUGGUACAACUUUACCACACGUCCAUGCUGUGCUAGCAAAUAACCGGACGGAAGUUCAGAGCAAUUUAACUUGCACAUCCAAAUGGCAAAAGCUAAACCUGAUUUGGACGUUUACAGUGGAUAAUUCGUCCGUAAUAGACAAUUUUGAUUCAUUUUGGAGCGAAUACGGGGCAGAAUUCAAAAACCAAACGAUCAACAGGUUAUACCACGCGGUGAUAUAUGCACACAAUUUUACUAAAAACUUCUCAUGUUACGGAAAUGUUGCCGGUCUCGGAGGUUUCAGUGAAAACGUAGUCGAAGUACUUUUUCAUGUAGAACUCCCUAGAGUUGGUCCAGAACUAGUUGGUGUUAGAUGUAUACGUCAAUCCGUCGCUAAAAAGAGUUUAGAGUUUUAUGUAAGAUCGCCGGUCACCUUAUCUCAAAAUGAGUAUAGCUUACAUAUCUGUCUCAAGGGGCCCUUCAUCACGGGUCGCGAGCCCAACACGUGCCCUACAAAGCAACAAGUCAUAAAAUUUAACUGUUCAUGGCGUGAAAAUGAUGUCUUUGGCAUCCAAGACUCGGCUGGUUAUAUAUGCCAAGCGCUGACUUCAAGUAUAGAUUUAUACAUUCAUCAAACUGCAACGUAUAAAUUUCGUAUUCGGUCAACAACAGCCCAAGACAAAUCCAUCUCAGUGAGUCACGACUUCAUGUUGGAAGUCUUAAGUCGCUUUGAUCAACCAGUACCACAGUAUGGGUUCUUCACCCUAAUACCCAUGGCACGAAAGCUUCGGUACCUUAUUACAACAAGAACAUUAAAGCAAGUGGUAUUGAAAUGGGAAGACAUCAAGUUUGAUAAUUAUCAAAUAACUUACAAUUGCAGUAAUGGUCUAAAUUCAAGUCUAAUCCAUAAAAAAACAGCAUUGGUUAAAAUAAAUGAGAAUUUUGCACCAUAUUCUCAGUGCAAGUUUUGUAUUUCAAGUUAUAACUUUGGAGAAUUGAGGUCCGAACCAUUGUGUAAUGUAACCAGUUUCCCUGAGAUACAACCAAGCAAGCCCCCAAGAAUAACCUGUGAUUCAGAUACAUGUCCUACCAUCAACAAGGAAGAAUCACGGACAGUUACAAUACAGUGCAAAUUCCCAGAGGAAAGUUCAAGGAACGGCAUAUUAAACAAGUUGGUGGUUAAUUACUGGACUGAUACCAACAAUAAGGUACAGAACAAGACAGUUCCAGUAAACCUAAGCUCAUGUGAAGUCACACUUAAUGGUCUCAGCAAAAACUCUAUAUAUUAUGCACAGAUGCAAGUGUGUAAUUCCAAAGGCUGUAGUCAGUACAGUGAUACAGUUAAAAUUGCAAAAACAGACCCAGGAAGUUUUCACUCGCCAUCCCAGUCGUCACUAUUGUGGAUCACAGCUAUACCAAUACUCAUCAUCAUCGUUUUAGUAAUUAUUUUGUACAACAAAUUUUGCAAAAGUCCAAAGGAAACCACAUCUUUGCCGGACAUACAGGAGGAAAACAAUUAUAAUGAAAUAACAGACAAGGAACAAGCUCUUAAUGACUAUUCAGUAUUACCAGAAGAUACUAAUGACAAUAGCAUUAAUAAUAGUUGUUAAAGCUUUUAGAAGAAUUCUGAAGUUAUUCAUCUUAUCAACCAAUGCAAAACAUCUCUAUCAUACAAAUUCGUACAAAGAACUGUAAUUUUUUAAAGCAUCAAAUGCUUUCACUUGAAUAUUCUUAAACAUUCAUCAUCACUAUGAAUUACUUCACCCAAAGAUGCAAAUACUUUUAUAUUGUCAAACAAAAAAA